AUGUUUGUCAAAUUUCUGAUUUUGUCGAUUCUCUUGACAAUCGUUUAUUCGAAAGGUGGGAGCAGUGGUGCAAGAGGAUCUAGUGGUGCCAGAAGUUCGUCAUUCUCCUCCUCAAGAUCUUCCUCCUCCUACUCAUCCGGAUCUCGAACGUCUUCCGGAUCUUCAUUCUCCUCAUCCUCUCGCCCAACCGGUUCAGCCUAUCGUUCAACUCCCUAUGCAACUAACAUGCGACAAAAUGUUUUUCACACAACAUCGACUACAACAAUGUUCAGUUAUUCACCAAUGUAUCGAUCCAAUAUUAUAUUAAUGCCAUCGACACCUUUCGUUUAUGGAGGGUAUCAUUAUUAUUGGGGUGGCCAUUAUAGUUAUGCUGCUGAUAGGCCGAAACGAUGUGAUUAUACGGUCACAAGUGAUGAUCAAGAAUUCAGUAAUGUGAGUUAUAUUGUAAUGCUUUCGCCCUUUUUUCACUUUCAGUUUAGGUAACUUAUUCAAAUGGAACGAAGCUCUCACAAAUCUCAUUCGGUUGCCCAAGUAAUCAAGAGUGCUGUGAACUCGAAUGCUGUGCCAAUUCAUCAGGUGUCUCUGCUAUCAUCGGUGUCCUUGCAGUCGUUGGAAUCUUCUCACUCCUCAUGCUAUGCUAUUCAUGUUGCAAAAAAUGUUCUUGGGAUAACGGUAUAGUCGAAAUACCGGCGCAGACCACCGUCAUCACCACAACAACAACCACAAAUUACACGACCGCUGCUGAACCUGUAUACCAGCCUCCUCAAAUGAACUAUAAUAUGCCUCCACCUGCACCACCAGGUUGGAUCAAUUCGCCGCCACCAAUGUAUCAUCCAAAUGUGCCAAUGUACACUGAGAAUCGACCGAUUAGUUCGGGACAAGUUCGACCGCAAAUGCAGAAAUAUUGA